CCUAUAGAUGACAUUAACACACAGAAGAAGCUAGGAAAGAUAACAGACGAUCGAUACGGUGGACAUAAGACAUGGAAGCCAACACUUUUCCAAGGCCAGUUUCUUCCCACCAGGUUCUCGCAAUUAUCAUCUUCACAUUUCUAGCUAUAUCUAGCCUCAGUUCAGCAUGCAAUAACAAUUCAACCACCCCUACCAAUUCCACACAAACCUAUGAUUAUAAAAACACCACCUUUCCUUCAAACUCCACCAAUACCUUCAGAGCCUACAUUAAAACCUCUUGCAUCUCAACCACAUACCCAUCAAUAUGCUACUCAACUUUAUACCCCUAUGCUUCCAAAAUUGAAGCAGAUCCUCUGAAACUCUGCAAUAUCUCUCUCUCACUCGCCUUAAAGGCAUCUAAAAGUGCAUCCUCCACCAUUUCAGAGACUCUGGAGAGCAAUAAUUUGACAGGCACUGCAGAAGAAGUGGUACAAGAUUGCUUAAGCAAUGUGAAGGACUCUAUAGGACAACUGAAAGACUCUCUUAAUGUAAUGGAAGGUUUGGAAUUGGAUGGUGUUGAUAAAAAGUUUCAGAUUAGCAACAUUAAGACUUGGGUGAGUGCUGCAAUCACCAAUGAUCAAACUUGCUAUGAUGGUUUUGAUGCGAUGAGCGUGGACACCGCCGUGAGGGACAAAAUCAGAAGCACCGUUUUGAAUGUGGCGAGGAAGACUAGCAAUGCUUUGUAUUUCAUCAACAAUAACAUAUACUGAGUCUGAUUGGGUGAUGAAGGUUAAUUGAGGCUUUUUCUUUCCGUAUUUUUGGAAAGGUUUUCUUUUAGGCCGUGUAUUUUUGUAUAUACAGAGUGAAUUGUAGUUAAAAUGGUUUGUGAUGAAGUUACUUUGGAAUUUAUGUGCUU